GAUUACAGAAAAAAGGCAGAAGAAACCUUCUCCCAGCAAUCAAGUGGAAGGCAAGAAAUACGAUGAUUACUUUUAUCAGUUAAAAGUCAGUAUUGAAAACAAAGAAGUAAAUAAACUUUUCGUUUUUAAGAAUAGUCUAGCAAUUGAAAAGGUUUGGCAAGAUAUUGAGGCUAGUGAAUAUAUUGACAAAAGAUUGAAUAGAUACGAGCCAGCCACUCUACACUUGGAAUUGAGUGCCUUAACUUGUUUUGCUAAAUUUCGAAAGAUAGAAAUGGAGUGGGAAGAAGUUGCCAAAUUACUUCCUCACCGAACCCAAAAGUUUUUUAGCACGAUUAAUCCAUCAGAAUUAAAACAGUUAAAGCAGGCUCGUUAUGAAAAGAAUGAUUGGAUUUAUCAACGAAAUAACCUCAUUUUUGACUUUCUUUUUUACACGGGGGGAAAAGCAUUGGAUACUUCUUCGAUUGAGAAGUUUAUUACUCGUCGAACUAAAUUGGCAGGAAUUAAGAAAGCAAUCAGUCCCCACACUUUCCGAAGAAGUUUUGCUACUUUUUUUAAUAGUAGAAAGGUUAAAUUAACUACCAUCCAAAAAUUAUUAGGACACAAUAAAUUAGAGACUACUGCCAACUAUAUUCAUAAUUCUCGUGAGGAAUUAUAUGCUGAUUAUAAAAAUAAAGUUAGGUUAAGUCAAAAGAGAGCCAAACAGAGAGAAUUAAAAAAACUGGGUCGGGACAAGGAACAAAUUAUCACUGAGUUAAUUAGAUUAGGUUUGAGGAAACCAUUAGGUCAGGACAAAAUUAGGGCUGGGAUAGAAAAAAAGGUCAGGACAGAUUUAGAGGUUGAGACACCUAAAACCGAUAUUGGGUCAGGACAGGUUGGGACAGGUCAGGACAAGUUGGGUCAGGACACGGAUAAGCAGAUUGAGGUCGAGACAAAAAAAGAGGUUGGGACAAUAAAUUGUGAAAAUGAAGUUUUAUCUUCUUUUUACCAUACUGGAACCAAUUUAGAAGACUUUCCUUUUGAACUAGACCUUGAAGAAAGUGAUUUUGAUGAUGAACUCAACUUCUUAGACAAUUUAGCAAAUGAACCAACUGCUCAAUCCGAAAAGAUUUUGCAACUUAAACUUCAACUAACCAACAAAGAUGAGGAAAAUGAGAAGUUAAAAAAGCAAUUAGUUCAUUCUCAACAAAUUAUCAAUGAUUUACAAAAUAAAAAUAAUCCUCCAAUACAAAUUAUUACUAAACAAGAAAACAUUAACAAAAACCAAGAGGAUUUUAAAGCAGAACAAUUAUCACCUCUGAAACCCAAAAUAGUUAUUGAAAAAGAACUAAAAACAAUUCAAUCCGAACUUUUUAAAUUACCAUUAGAACAAAAAACUAACUUAGUUUAUGAUGACAAAGUAGCAGAACAAGAAUUUAAAUCCCUCCUAAAUAGCACAUGGCAUCCAGGGAAAAAGGAUGAAUACUGA